AUGCGGAUUGCGCCCUAUGCGACGCCGGUGCGCAGUGUGCAGAGAUGCUUGGAAGAGCUGGAGCCACGAAUAUUGGAGUUAGAGCAGGAACCCAGCACCUCUGACAGUGAGGCCGUAAGUGACGGUGAUGGCGACGCUGUGAGAUGCAGGUCCCCACCUGGCAGCAAGCCCCGUUGUGCAGCAGGCUCAGGGAACAGCUGCUUCCUAUAUGUGCUGGUGCUGCAGUCGGCAGCCUCAGCCUUUUAUCUUUCCAAGAGCCACAGCCAUCUUGUCAAGGCUGAUAUCAGUGGCACCCUGGCCCUGCGCUAUGCCCGCUGGGGCCCUGGCUCUGCUCAGCCUGGGGACUGUGCCCACAGAGGCCCUUGUUUGCCUUCGGGAGGGCCGGCUGUGUCCCAGAGGCCGCGAGGGCUCGGACCCCGCGUGGACACACACAACCACUCAUCUGCGGAGGAGUUUGCCCUGCAGAGUUUCUCAGAGGAGCCUGGGCUCCGGGGUCUCUUCCCGGUCUUGUUCGCCCUCCUUUUCCUGGGGGCUCUUGCAGGGAACACCCUCAUUGUCACGGCCAUCAGCCUGCACCCAGGCCUCCAUACCCCAGUGUACUUCUUUCUCACCAGCCUGGCUGUUUUAGACAUCCUCUGCACGUCUACAGCUCUCCCCAAACUGCUGGAGAACCUGGCGGUCAAGGGUGGCACCAUCUCCUCGGGAUGCAUGACUCAACUCUUCUUCCUGACCUGGUUUCUGGGGGCCGAGCUGCUGCUGCUGACGGUCAUGGCCUACGACCGCUAUGUGGCCAUCUGCCGCCCGCUGCACUACAGCUCGCGGAUGGGCCGGCCGGUCUGCGUCCUGCUGGCUGGCAGCGUGUGGGCCGUCAGUGUGGUCAGCACGUCCUUGCACACAGGCCUGAUGACAAGGCUGACAUUCUGCAGCCCCAAGCAGAUCCAGCAUUUUCUCUGUGAAGUCCCCACGCUGCUGCUGCUCUCCUGCAGCCCAACCACGCUGAACAAUGUCAUGAUAGCCGUCGCGGACGUCUACCUCGGGGCGGUCAGCUCCCUGCUCACCAUGGCGUCCUACGGCUGCAUCGUCGCCGGCAUCCUGCGCGCGCGCUCGGCCGCGGGCAAGCGGCGCGCCUCCCCCCGCUCCUCCCACCUCCUGGUGGUCGCCCUGUACUACCCCACCGCCAUCUACACCUACAUCCUCCCGGGGUCCGGCUCCUCCCUGGAAAACGGCAAAGUUGUCGCGCUGCUGUACACAGCAGUCAGCCCCACCCCGAACCCUCUCAUCUACUCACUGCGGAGCAAGGAUGUCAAGGUGGCGCUCAGGAAGUGUUUUCCUGAAUCCAGUAAAGAAGGGAAGUGGCUGAUGCGGACUUUGCAAGCUAAGCAGCGAGUUUCAAAAUAG